CAGAGGCGUGGGGUUGAAGAUGCGGAAUUAAGGCAUCCGCUGCGCCCGAACCGGACUGAAUAUGGCGAGCACCGAGAGCAAAAGUGGGUCUUCGGAAAACUUUCACACACCCGAGCCAAGUAGAGUGGCUCAGCCGGGCGCGAGAUGGGGUCCACAGCAUGCAGGUGCUCGAGAGCUCGCGGAAUUAUACUCGCCAGGAAAAAGAUUCCAGGAAUGGCUCAGUGUGCUUCUUUGCUUUACCCUCAUGGCCUUCAACUUCUGUUACCUGGUAACAUACUUCCACCUGGGACACAUCUGGUACAUCCUUCUGGGCAUCGUGGCAGGGAUCCUCACAGCAGACUUUGCCUCUGGUCUGGUCCACUGGGGUGCUGACACAUGGGGUUCAGUGGAUCUGCCCAUCGUUGGGAAGGCCUUCAUUCGUCCAUUUCGAGAGCACCACAUUGAUCCAACAGCUAUAACACGCCAUGAUUUCAUUGAGACAAAUGGGGAUAACUGUAUGUUGACCAUCAUCCCUCUCGCUAACAUGGCCGCAAACUUCUUGUUGCUCUCUCCAGCGGAGAUCUAUCGAAACUACGCAUGGUACUGUUACGUCUUUGCUUUAUCUAUUUUUGUUACACUGACCAAUCAAAUUCACAAAUGGUCGCACACAUAUUUUGGGCUCCCACGCUGGGUGACGUUUCUUCAGGACUGUUACAUCAUUUUACCACGGAAACACCACAGAGUUCACCACGUUUCACCUCAUGAAACCUACUUCUGCAUUACAACAGGGUGGUUGAACUAUCCCCUAGAGAAACUGGGAUUCUGGAGAAACCUGGAAGAUCUGAUCCAGAGCCUGACCGGAGAGAAACCCAGAUCAGAUGACCUCAAAUGGGCCCAGAAAACCAAGUAAUCUUCCUCUGCCACCGACCCACCUCCCCUACCUCAGACCUGCUUGUAGGAGAACAGUCGUUUUUCUCCGUCUACUUGUCCUCCCUCAGACAGAACAAGAGGAAUGGCAAGAUAUCAAAGCCCAAAUUAGAAAGCCAUCAAAUCUUAGCAAAAGUUGAGAGAAUGGGGUUGACAAAGCAAUUGAAAGCAAUAUCCCACCCUGCUCACUCUAAAGACACAAACAUCCAAAUCCUCAUUGAAAACUUGAGACUUCUGUGAAAUGUUUAAAACUGUUCAAAGUGCAAAAAAACAAAACGAAUUUAAAAUGUCAAUACUUGAACAAAGUGGGCUCUUUUCUGGACACCUUAUCUUUCAGCUGCUCAAAGCUUUGCUGACUAGCUUGUUUCUGAGGGACUGGCCUCUGCACUUUUGGGUUUGGCCUUUGGGACUGAUUUCUCUUGCUCUCACCCUUCACUUGUUUGGGGUUUAAGUGCAGUAAACUCAAGGCAUUUUGGCUCUUUAACCGCAGAGGGCUGAAAACCGGUGUCUUCAUCUGUUGCUUGUGUCUGAACGGACGGAGCAGCAUCAUAUGCAGUCUUACUUCAGUACGCCUUAAAAGACAAAUCGCAUGAAACUUGCUUUGCUCUGCUUCAUCCUGUUCCUAACAUUCUUUUUUUUUUCAUUAUUAACACUUUCUUUUGAAGCACAUUUGCAAAUUCAGAGGUGCUGAAAGCAUUUAGCUCUUGAUCAAGAGGUGUAUAUUAGAAGUAUUUCCACGCAGGUCAAUAUUUAGGUCAAUAAUGUCUCAGUGUGAAUAAACAGCGGUGUCCUCACAGAUAUCAAAACCCACGAGACACUCAGAAUAGGCCUUAUGUGUAUCCAUUUUUUUUUAUCUUGUAUUAACUUUAUUGUAGGCUAGGUUGACCAGCUGACUAACAAACUUAAACUUGCACUCCAUUGCUUGGGUUUUAGGUCCACAUACAUGUUCAACUUAACACUAGCAUGUUAAUUUUAAUAAUAUGAAAUGUUAAAGGUGGCUACAGCAUGAUGCAAGGACAGAUUUAACAUCUAGCUGUAUAGUGACAUAACUAUUACUAACUGCUUAUUUAAUGAGCAUUACAGGAUAUACAUUCUCUAUUAUAAAGCUGCAAUGACAAUGAACUCAAAAUAUUUAUUUAAGUUAAUCUUUUACUAAUGAAAAAAAAAACUUGCUUUGCUUUGGAAAAUAAGUGUUGUUAUCUAAGCCAUGUAGUUUAGACGGUGUUUAUCAUGUCGUCUUAUAAGAGUGAGGAAAUUUAAUAUUUUAGAUCACAUCUAACAUAAUUGUGAUAAUUUUUGUUGUGCCAUUUGGGGGUAUUAGUUUAAUCAUUUUUCUUUGCACAAAAAAACCUAUUUGCCCUUAAAAACUGAAAAGGUCAACCUAAACGAGUUGUAGCUUAGACGUUUUAUGCUUAUGUGCAUUUUCAUGCCAAAACCUUGUUACUGUCAGCCGGAAUGUGGCAAUUGUGUUUCAAUAGGUCAGUUUUGUGAUGGUAUAUGUUUAAAAUAGGUCAUUAUAGAAGGUCAGAGAACAUGUUUUAGAGAGCAAAUUCAUUUGUCCAAUAUGUAAAACUGUUACAAAGGAGUCAGUCAGAACUGUAAAAUAACAAAACAUAUAUGAGGUGUUUUGAGCUGAUUCAUAAUGUGUCAUGUGUUGUUACAUCUUUUUUUUUUUCUUUCCUUUUUAUGAAUUCAGGAAGGUUUGUUGGAUGGAAUAUUGUAGUAUUUUUGACAGUCAACCAAUAUCUUAUAUAUUUCUAUGCUGAUAUGAGAUGCCAAAUUUAUUUUUGCUCCAGCUAAUAGAUCUGUUGUGGUGUGUUUGGUCGGUGUUUAUUUGAAGAAAACACUCCAGUGGCGAUGUUCACUGUACAGGGAACUGAAGCUUAAACCAAUUACUUUGAUUUUGUAAAAUGUUACAUCUGUCAUUAGAUUUCUUUUCAUUUUGUAUUUUUGGUUUCCAAUGAGUCUUUAUUAUGACAUUAUUUUCUCCUAAAUUUUACAGUAGUAUUAAUGAUCAUAUCAUAUAACAUAUCUCAACAUUUUCUUUUAUUUGUAAUGUACUGAUCAUGAAGGAUUUUACCAGCUGUAAUAUUUCUUGAUUUGAAAUGGUGGAAGAUGUGAGUUGGAGCAGUUUAGUGACCGUGAUGUGUUGAUGCAGUGAAGACUUCUGUGCUUUUGUCUGGUCAAGCUUCUGCAGGUAUAAUUAUGGUUCUAUAAACACACAGAAAUGUUACUAGUUUGUUGUGAAAUGUGUAAAAGAGAUUGUGGUAAUAUGGCGACUGUAUUAUCGAAAAUGCAAGAUUAGAGUGUUAAGACUUUCUCGUUGAGUCUCUUUUCUUUCCAUGCUUAGUGGAAAGCUACCACUUUCCAUGGAAUGUGGCUGUGAGAAGACUGAAUUAAUCACACUGUACUUGCUCAAAAAUAACAAAGCAAGGCCGAUCCCUUAUUCACUGAGGUUAUUUGAUUGAUGACCUUUUGGCAUUCACACUUGUUACUGAAUGUUUGUUCUUACUGAUUUAUUGGGAGAAGCCUUUUAAAAAUGCUAUCUCGGCUGAUUUUGCAAUUCACCUCAUAGUCUCACAAUCAGCAAGUUUUUGUAGGACGGCUACUUGUUGAAAACUGCAAAUAACGCCUUAAUGCCUUUUUUUGUUGUUUCUUGUUUUGAAAACUUAUGUCAUUAAGUUCAUAUUUAUAAUAAAAUUAAUAAAGAACUGGAAAGAC